AUGUUGGCUGUGGUGGUUGAGGUGGACGUUGAGGUGGAGGUGGCACUGGCAGUGGUGGCUGGGGUGGUGGUGGUGGUGGUGGUGGUGGUGGUGGUGGAGUUGUCGGUGGUGGAGUUGUCGGUGGUGGUGGCUGUGGUGGUGGAAGUGGUAGUGGAGGUGGACCUGGUGGUGGACCUGGUGGUGGUAGUGGACGUGGUGGCGCUGUUGGUGGUGGUGGUGGAGGUUAAACCAAACCCAGAUGGAGACGGAGUGAAGCUCCUCUCGUCGCCUCGUCGAUACGAAGACCUCCAGCGCCGCCCGGGGGGCGCUCGUCUUCUGACCCGGAGCCUCCCGGCGGGCAGGGCGGUGUCUGAGGAGUAUGAGACCAGCCCCUCCAACGUGUGGGACUGCAAGAACAGAGGAGUCAACGGCACCCAGAGAGGCCAGAUCGUCUGGAGGCUGGAGGCUGGACCCUACUUCAUGGAGCCUGAGACCAAGGUGUGCUUUAAGUACUACCACGGAGUGAGUGGAGCCCUUCGCGCCACCACGCCCUGCAUCACCGUGAAGAACCCGGGAGUCCUGGUCGAGGGAUUAUCGGAACAGGUGGGGACGGACCACCCCCGGAAACUCAUCAGCUUCACUCUGACAGAUCUCCGGGCCACGGGUCUGAAAAAGGGGAUGUUCUUCAACCCUGACCCCUACCUGAAGAUGUCCAUCCACCCGGGGAAGAGGAGCAUGUUCCCCACCUUCAGUCACCACGGCCAGGAGAGGCGCUCCGCCAUCAUCGCCAACACCACCAACCCUGUGUGGCACGGAGAGAAAUAUACUUUCGUAGCACUUAUGACAGACAUACUGUACAUCGAGGUCAAGGAUAAGUUUGCAAAAAGUCGACCAAUCAUCAAACGCUUCUUGGGUCAGCUGACAAUUCCUGUUCAGAGGCUCAUUGAGAAGAUUCCUGGGGUCCAGCCCGUCUCCUUCUCUCUGUGUCGCCGGCUGCCCACCGAGCACGUCAGCGGGCAGAUGCAGUUCAGAGUGGAGCUCACCUCCACCGGGCCCGACGGGGCGUCCCCCGACUCCAUCAUCGGCCUGUCGUCCCUGAACGGGGCCCCGGGAACCCCGUCCGACGACGAGGACCUGCCCCACCACCUCCCGGGCAUGGUGCACUCGGCCCACUCCCCCACCGGCUCCCACUGCUCCCAGGCCCUCUGGGGGGGCGGGGCCGCGGCGUACCACCCCCAGAAGGACGUGGCGGCGGUGGGCGGCGCCGAGGCCAUGUUCGUGGGCGGGGCCGAAGGGCUGUCGGGUCACGAGAGGCUCCUGAGGUCGCUCAGCGAGGGCCUGGACGCCAUCGAGGCGCCCAAGGGCCCGGGGGAGCGACCGCUGGGCGCCGCCUCGCCCCAGCUGCGCUCCAGCUUCCCCACGCACACGCGCCUCAGCGCCAUGCUGCACAUCGACUCGGACGAGGACGACGAGCGCUCCUCGGGCGCCCAGGACCUCACCCCCGUCCCGGGAUCCCCCCUGCUGCUCAACGGAGGGGGGGACCCCUCGGAGAUGGGCCCGCUGGAGGAGGAGGAGGACCCCUUCCCCGAGACCCGGCCGGACCCGGGCCGGUCGGCGCCGGCUCCGCCCCCGGCGCCAGACCCGGCGGGGGCGGAGCCGCGCGGCCGGGCCCGGCCGGCUGAGGACACGGAGGACGAGGACGGGCUGGCGGAGGAGGAGGGGCUCCCGGACCUGGACCCCGGCCUGGACGACAUCUCCGAGCCCGACGUCUUCUCCGAGGUGGACGAGACGCCCUUCACGGAGGCCAUGUCCCAUCAUGCUUUGCAGGGGAGCCUGGAGGAGCAGGAGGAGGGCCGGGCGCUGGGGGAGGACCCUCUGUCGGAGAUGGACUCCUGCUCCAUGGCGACGGCCCCACAGACCGUGGUCUCGUCCUCUGAGAGCUGUCCCAUCACCAUGACCACGGCUGUGGACACUGAGGAAGGGGCAGAGACGGCCAUAGAUCCAGGGGGACCUGCUGUUCUUGAUAUCCUGCCAAGCAUUCAAGAUGCGGUCGACACCAUCAGUGUGCAAGCUCCAGCCAAUCAGGCUGAAGGAGGGUCCGCCUCAGCCAAUCAGGAAUCCAGCGAGCAGGUUGCGGAGCGAAGGCGGAGCUUACAGGCCAGCGGGGGAGUGGCUGAAGAACAAGUGGAGGGGGCGGAGUCAAGGACACCCAAAGAGGUGGGGCCUGUGGAUUCAGAUCAGGCUGCCACGGAGACGGACGGGGAGGAAGGUAGCCAGGUCAACGGCCACCCAGUGCGCUCCUCCCUUCCUACUGUACGCCACGACAUGCACCGGUACCAGCGCGUGGACGAGCCCCUGCCCCCCAACUGGGAGGCGAGGAUCGACAGCCACGGGAGGAUCUUCUUCGUGGACCACGUGAACCGGACCACCACGUGGCAGCGGCCCACGGGGCCCCCGGCCCCCCAGGGCCUCACCCGCUCCAGCUCCAUCCAGCAGAUGGAGCAGCUGAACCGCAGGUACCAGAGCAUCAGGAGGACCAUCACUAACGCAGACCGGACGGAGGAGAACCCAGUGGACCCCCCCCCAGAUGCCGCCGACAGCGACCUGCUGCCUCACGCCAUCCACGAGUAUCGCAGAGAGAGCGUGGUGGGCCACUCCAGCGGCCGCUCCCGUCUGUCCCUGCUGCUCCAGUCCCCCAGCGCCAAGUUCCUCUGCAGCCCCGACUUCUUCACCGUGCUGCACUCCAACCCUAGUGCCUACCGCAUGUUUACGAGCAACACGUGUCUGAAGCACAUGAUCAGCAAGGUGCGGCGCGACGCUCACCACUUUGAGCGCUACCAGCACAACCGCGACCUGGUGGCCUUCCUCAACCUGUUCUCCAACAAGCAGCUGGAGCUGCCCCGCGGCUGGGAGAUGAAGCACGACCACACCGGGAAGCCCUUCUUCGUGGACCACAACUGUCGCUCCACCACCUUCAUCGACCCCCGGCUGCCGCUGCAGAGCUCGCGCUCCACCGGCCUGCUGGCCCACCGCCAACACCUCAGCCGACAGCGCAGCCACAGCGCCGGGGAGGUGGUGGAUGAUUCCCGCCAGUCCAACCCACCCAUCCUGCCACGCCCCUCCAGCACAUUCAGCGGCUCCAGUCGGAACCAGUACCAAGACCUGGUACCUGUGGCCUAUAAUGACAAGAUAGUUGCGUUUCUACGGCAACCGAAUAUCGUUGACAUCCUGCAAGAGAGGCAGCCAGAGCUCGCUAGAAACCACUCACUGAAGGAGAAGGUGCAGUUCAUCCGCAGUGAGGGCGUCUCGGGACUGGCGCGUCUCUCGAGCGAUGCUGACCUGGUCAUGCUGCUGAGCUUGUUCGAAGAGGAUGUGAUGUCAUACGUCCCUCCUCAUGCACUGCUUCAUCCAGGAUACGCCCUCUCCUCUCCUCAGAGCUCCCCUGGCACCCAGCGCGCCAACGCCCGCGCCCCUGCCCCCUACAAGAGGGACUUUGAGGCCAAGCUGAGGAACUUCUACAGGAAGCUGGAGACCAAAGGCUACGGCCAGGGACCCGGGAAAGUCAAGUUGAUAAUCCGCCGGGACCACCUGCUGGAAGACGCCUUCAACCAGAUCAUGUGCUACUCCCGGAAGGACCUGCAGAGGAGCAAGCUGUACGUGGGCUUUGUCGGCGAGGAAGGGCUGGACUACAGCGGUCCCUCCAGAGAGUUCUUCUUUCUGGUCUCCAGGGAGCUGUUCAACCCAUAUUAUGGUCUGUUUGAGUACUCGGCCAACGACACGUACACCGUGCAGAUCAGCCCCAUGUCAGCAUUCGUAGACAACCACCACGAAUGGUUCCGUUUCAGCGGGCGUAUCCUGGGGCUGGCCCUAGUCCAUCAGUACCUCCUGGACGCCUUCUUCACCCGGCCCUUCUACAAGGGCCUCCUGCGCAUCCCGUGUGAGCUCAGCGACCUGGAGUUCCUGGACGAGGAGUUCCACCAGAGCCUGCAGUGGAUGAAGGACAACGACAUCGAGGACAUGCUGGACCUCACCUUCACCGUCAACGAGGAGGUCUUCGGACAGAUCACAGAGCGGGAGCUGAAGCCGGGCGGGGCGGGCAUCCCGGUGUCGGAGAAGAACAAGAAGGAGUACAUGGAGCGCAUGGUGAAGUGGAGGAUCGAGAGGGGCGUCUCCCAGCAGACCGAGAGCCUAGUGCGGGGCUUCUACGAGGUGGUCGACGUGCGGCUGGUGUCUGUGUUCGAUGCCAGGGAGCUGGAGCUGGUGAUCGCCGGGACAGCGGAGAUCGACCUGGCAGACUGGAGGAGCAACACGGAGUACAGAGGAGGGUACCAUGACAACCACAUAGUGAUCCGCUGGUUCUGGGCGGCGGUGGAGCGGUUCAACAACGAGCAGAGGCUGCGGCUGCUGCAGUUUGUGACGGGCACCUCAAGCAUACCCUACGAGGGGUUUGCAUCUCUGAGGGGCAGCAACGGACCCCGCAGAUUCUGUGUGGAGAAGUGGGGCAAAAUCACCUCGUUACCAAGAGCCCACACAUGCUUCAACCGCCUGGACCUGCCCCCGUACCCUUCGUUCUCCAUGCUCUACGAGAAGCUUCUGACAGCGGUGGAGGAGACCAGCACCUUCGGCCUGGAGUAGACCCCCCCCCCCCCCCCCCCCCACACCUCCAAGACACCAAAAGAGAUUCACCACUUUGAUCCUGAGAGAGACUUUAAAGAUGGUGCCAAGGCACCUGGACGGUUUGUGGUCACCUGCUUUUGUAUUUUUAUUUUCUUUCUUACCUAAGGUCUUCUUUUCCAGGGAACUCACCAAAACAACCGUGCUGUUGUGUUCCCUGACGUAGCGAACAGCUAAGUUAGGGUGACGCCCACUGAGUUAGGGCGACGCCCACUGAGUGAGGGCGACGCCCACUAAGUGAGGGUGACGCUCACUAAGGAGGGUGACGCCCACUGAGGAGGGCGACGCCCACUGAGGAGGGCGACGCCCACUGAGGAGGCCACCGCGUGGGGGCGGACCCGCCUGGUUCUGUUCUUCCUCCGUACCACAGCUCACUCUCCUCUGCCCUUAGAACCACAGUGUCCUUUAUCUCUUCAGUUCAUGGCCUUGUGUGCUGGAGCCUCCGGCUCCCCCAGGAGGCUGACCCGGACCUGGUCCCCAGAAGCAGCACCCCAGCACCCCCCUGUCCCUGCCCCUCUCCUCUCUGGACCACGAAACUGUGCCGUUUGUACUCCGGGCCCACGUUGCUGUUGUUGUGUUGUACACUAUGAUGCCUCUGGAUUUAGACCUGGACUUGAAAAUAACAAAGCCCUCCAAACAGAACUGAGACUUCAACUAAAACGAGAAGACGACAACGGUUCAUUUUCUAUCGUGUGCUGCUGAGGUGUUUUCCUUAGAUUGUUGUGAUCUCAUUCUUUGGGGGUUGUUCUUUUUUGAGAAGGCAAAGAAUUGGGAUAUAAUCAUUUUUUUGCUUUGAUUGAGGUUUUAAUGAGGCAGUGGAAGAUUGAGUAGUCGAGGGAAAACACAAACACACACAUGCACCCAGACACACAUGUGUGAAAACAUGAACAAACUUGCAUAUAAAGAUAGAAAGAAACUAUAUAUAGUCCACGGUUGUAUCAAGGACAGCAGGUUCUGCUCUCGACUGUUAAUAUUGUAACACCAGAGCUUGUAUGGGCUAUCAAAGACAAUGAUAUUCAUCCUGAUCUAUAAAUAACCCCUCUGUCCCAAUUCUCACAGACACACCGUCCAAACACACACACACACACACACACACACACACACACACACACACACACACACACACACACACACACACACACACACACACACACACACACACACACACAUACAGUAUAUAAUUAGCCUUUUUUCUUGGGGCUGUCUAUUAUAAAACAAUAUUCUACAUCGUGCUAUCAGCAUGCUCGGUUUGUCGAACAAACGUUCCACUUUCUCACCCAUAAGGACAACACUCCAUCUUCUCAAACAUCCAUUUAUUAUAGCAGAGAGCAGAGGAAUACACUUGCUCACACAAUCACGUGUACAGCGAAUGUAUCACAUCACUGACUGAAUGUAUAUGAACCACACACCAACCUCCUUCUCGCCCAGGAGGAGGGCCGGGGGUCAGACGGGGGCUUCAUGGUCCUAGAAGGUGCACCUUUUAGCCAGGAAGUGAGGCUUAAGUUGAACAGCUGCUUGAACAUCAUGGACGUGCUUCUUCCAAUAGUGUGGCCAACUCUGAGGAAAAAAUCUGGCAACCCUGCAGCUAGGAUGCAAUUAAAGAUUAAAUGUGUAGAAUUCAGUGGCAACUAACAGAUGUUAAAAGUAUGUUUUAAUAUUGUAAAAUUCCAUGAAAAUAAGUAUUGUUAUACCCUUUAUAUCAACAUAGGGGGCAGAUCCUAAAACCUGGAGGCCGCCAGGUUUCUACAGUAGCCCAGAACGGACAAACAGCUCCUAGAGAGGACACACUUAGUUUUUUAACGAUCAGAAUCUCUAACUUACUAAAGCCAUGUCCUUAGUUUUACAGGUUAAUAACUAGACACAAUUUAUCAAUCUAUCAAGGAACCUCAUCACUUGACACUUGAAUCAUGUAUGCUGUGGUAGAUAAUUACAUCAUUUUAGAAGUACCCACUGCCCCUAACAGGCCAGUACACCCACUGUCUCCUCACAGGCCAGUACAGGCCACAGAGUUCGUCUACGUUGUUGGUAAGGGAGCGGGGGAUGCACUGAGUUACAAUCUACAACCUCGCCACUAGAUGCCACUAAAUCCUACAUACUGCACCUCUAAUGCUCUUCGGUCUUCAGACCCUUGUUGUAUGGUCACAGUAGCAAAAAUGUCAUGGGGAUACAAUGUGAUUGCCUCAUGUGUUGUAGAAGCAAGUUAACAUUUGCCUUGGGCAGAAACUUUGGGAGAAACCUGUUAAAAACAGAUAUGACCACUAGGGGGAAGCACGACCAGAGACGGGAGGAUAUUGACUGCAGAUAUUGACUGUAUAUGGUAUUAUCAAUGUGCCCCAUGAUAAUAACAUAAAAGGACUUCCUGGUGAUAAUGUUAUGGACGUCGUCAGGAAAUACAUUGUCCUGUAUCACUUAUCAAUACUGUACAAUACUGAACAACACGUUUUAGACAUACAUGUCCAUAAUGGACAAUAAUCUUUUCUGUUAUUUAUUUUUCUGUCUUGAAAGCAUGUGAUGAAUUAGGCUACCUUUCAGACUUUUAGUACAUAACUCCACCUCUUCACUCUGUCUUCUACAUUAUACCAUGUAUACAACCAGGGGCGCACGCAUGUGGCGCGCGCACACACCCACACACACAAAUACAAACACACACACACACAGACAUGUAUACACUAAGUCAUUUUCUAUGGGGUGCAUGCAAGAUUACAACUACUGUACAAAGACCUAUUGGAGCUAGCUGGGGCCGGAAUAGUGCUGUGGGACCCCUGUGUGUGUGUGUGUGUGUGUGUGUGUGUGUGUGUGUGUGUGUGUGUGUGUGUGUGUGUGUGUGUGUGCUUGUGUGUGUGCGUAUGCGUGUUUGUGUGUGUGUUGCCAGGGCAACCGCGCUAUCCCGACCCCUGCAUGCAAAUACUGCAUGCGGGGCCUCGACGGCCAGCUCUGUGAGCCGGGCCUCGUCGGGGCCCCUCUCCUCGGUGGCGUUGUGUCAUAGCUCGUUAUUGCAUGCUGAGGUAGUCCAACACACUGUCCUUACUAGCUUAUUUUGCAUGAGGAUACUGUCAUCCGAUGGGAGAGCGUGUGUGGUGAGGCAGGGGGCGUGUGUCACCUCUGCUCGUGGGCGGUGCUGCCUUAUGCUAACCCAUCAGCGGCUCCAGGGCACCGGGACGGGACCAGGGAAUCAGCUGCGUUAGGCGGGGGUGGCGGAGGGGCCGGGCUGGCUGAGGCCACUGUAUGGCCGGGCAGAGGGAAAGGGUCUACCAGACAGCACGCCCAUAGCGGAGUGCCAUCGGUACCUGGACGGGUAUGGGGCGAGCUACGUCGGUGCCGCCGUUGGGAGGGGGAACACUAAAACUACAGGGCUGGUGUGAAUGGAAAGUGGAACAGAAAGCAUCCGUAUGUGUGCCCACACGUGAGGUUCUGCUCGUCUCUGUCUUUGUAUAUAAAAAAGAAACCUGUACAUGUCUGUCCUGUUGUGUGUCUAAAUAUUUAUAUUUUGCACUUAAUGUACCAAAGGUUUUGGGCUUGCAUAGUUAACCAUUUAGGCGUCUAUCAACCACGUCUCCUAACUCGUAACUGUGUGGCAUGAGCAAAGAAGAAUAGAAACCAACCAAGCAGGAUGGCAGGCGUCUGUCAAGUAACACACAUCUCAACUCCCAGGCUUAGUUUUCCCUGCAGCGAAGUCCAGUUUGAUGAUUGUUGAUAUUGAUAUUUUUGGGAAGGACGGCAAAGUGUAAUAGGUGCAUUGUCCGGUCUGUUGGUGACAGCACUGAUCCCGUUUCAGAAGUGACUCUAUGCAAAGCUCCUGUGAGUAUGUCUCCAUUUCACUCAAAUGAUUGUAAUAAAAGAAAGCAAAAGGCAAGUUUUGAUUAA